AUGUUUGCUCUUGUAGGAAGAGGAGCAAGAUAUACAUAUCUAACAACUAACAAAACAACUUAUAACAAAACAAUCAAAAUGCUAUUUCAAUCUAAGACUGACAAGAAGGAGUGGAACCCUGAAUUGACCUCCGAGCAACUACAUGUCUUGAAGGACAAGGGCACUGAGGCUCCAGGUACUGGUAAGUACCUGUACAACGAUAGAACUGGUGUUUACACCUGUGCCAACUGUGAUGCACCUCUGUACCGUAGUGAGACCAAGUUCGACUCUGGAUGCGGGUGGCCUGCAUUCAACGGGGAGAUCAAGGGUGCAUUGAAGUACAAGAAGGACUUCAGCCACGGUAUGAUGAGAACCGAGAUUAUGUGUGCCAAGUGUGGUGGCCAUCUGGGACACGAGUUCAAGGGCGAAGGUUGGAACAAGAGACUCAACUUGCCUAACGACAGCAGACACUGUGUGAACAGUUUGUCCCUGAACUUCAAGAAGGAAGAAUAA